AUGAGUGAUAGAAAUAGAAUUCUAUCUUUUUCUUUCUCAGUACGGACGAAAGGCGACAGCUUCAAUCUGCGAGCUCUCACCGACGUCUCCCACACCUCCUCAACCCUCUCUUUCAGACCUCGCUCGCGCUUAUCCCUACCACAUCACCUCGUCAUCAUCGUCUUCUUCUUAAAUCCUCAUCAGAGCGGCGCCGUGGAGGAGCCCGAAGACUUGCAAUCCUCCUCCGUCUCUUCCUUCUACAGCGACGGCGACGAGGAGGAUGACUCGUCGUCCGCGAAUUCCACGGGCCCGCCGUCGGAAGAGGGGCCCCUUUUUGAGAUGUCUGCGCUCUUGCCCUUGCUUCCCGUCAAGAGAGGACUAUCAAAGCAUUACGAUGGGAAAUCACAGUCCUUUACAUCUCUUGCCAAUGUGGGGAGCUUGGAAGACCUAGCCAAGCCCGAUAGGUCAUUCAAAAAAAGGCUCAAGCUCUGCAAGAGCUAUGGAGGAAACUUGGAUUGCCACAUAGCACUCUCACCUAAAUCCAGAGCCAUCACAAAGAAGGUGUCUCCACUGGUAAAUGCCAGGAGACACAGCUUUGCAGGUCACAAGCCUCCUAUGUACCCACAGAGAUCUAACAGCGCUCUCUCAGGCCAAACCUUUUUGCUUGCCUAAGAGUUCCAAGAACUAACCUUGAUCACAACAAUACUGACACCAGACUGCCUGUUCCAUGUUCAGAAUGCAAGAAGCCUGUAGUAUUUUGUGAAAGACUGCAGCACCCACAAUCAACCAGGCCUACUGUAUUCACUAUUACUCUGUUGCAUGUAAUUUUUCCCCCCCCGGCAAAUCUCAUGCUGUUGGAUGAUUGUUUGUACAUAUAGCCGAUGUAAUCCUCCUCUUCCAGGUUAAAUUCCUCAUAUUUCCUAGAGAAACGUUUGUCAAUAACACGGCUACUGGAGAUCUGUUUCUUUUGCAACAUGAUUUGUAGAGCCUAGUGUUAGGCAACGUGUGGAUGUGGAAUAGAAAAUUACUGCAUUUUUUAUUUGUUAUA